AUGGCGGAAGUUCAAGCACGUCUUCAGAGUCUCUCUGAAGACUUCACCAAGCUACAGCAGGAGUUACAAACUGCCGUACAGUCGCGUCAAAAGCUCGAGGCUCAAAAGCAAGAGAACACGAAUGUGCAAAAAGAAUUUGAACGUCUUAAGGAUGACGAGAACAUCUACAAACUAGUUGGCCCAGUAUUAUUGAAGCAAGAUAAAAUCGAGGCUGAGAGUACAGUCAAUGGACGAUUGGAAUUUAUUAGUAAGGAGCUUGAGAGGACAGAAGACCAGAUCAAGGAGUUACAAGAUAGAAUUGAGAAGAAAAAGGGGGAUAUCAUCCAAGCCCAAGCAGGAUUACAAGCGGGAGGUGGCGCACCAGGGAAAGUAGCAGCAAAGGGUUAA